UGUAGGCAAACAAACUAAUUUAAUCCACGCAGCAAAACCCCCCCCUCUUCCAAAAACCCUAAUUUCAAUCUGCCUCUCUCUUUCAACCCCACUCCCUCUGUAUAUUUCAAUCGAUACUGAAAGUAGGGAGAUAUGGCUGCUGAUGAUUCACUGAAGAAAUUAAGAAGGAAGAAAAACCCCUUGAAGAAGAAGAUAGGAGAAGAAGCGAAUUCGGAGUUGAGGAGCUCUCAUCCUGAAAAAAAAGAAACAAACUCUUACAGAGCUAACGAGGAAAACAAGAAGAAUAAGAAUAAGAAGAAGAAGAAGAACUCGCCAUUGAAUAUUGCCAACGAAGUCGAUUCCAAAGAUGAAGUAGACGACGUAAGUGGAGGAAAUAAAAAGAGUAAGAAGUUGAGAAAUAACAAGAGGAAGAAGACUGAGGAAUUGGUUGCAGAGCCAAGUAAUGAAGUUGAAGAUGGAAUUUCUAGUGAAAAAUACGUUGAAAGUGAAAUAGCAGAGGAAGAUAAAUUGCAGAAGAAAUCAAGGAAAAAAAAGAGAAUCAAUAAUGGUGAUGAGGUCAGCAAAAAAGACGAUGCAUCUGAAAAACAAAAUGGCAAGUCGAAAAAGGCUGGAAAAAGAAAACAGAGAAGUCGGGCGGUGGCGAAUGAAUUGUCUGUAGAUAGUUUGCCGGAAAAGGCAGAUGCGGAAGAUGAAGUUUACGAGAUGUCAUCAGGGGAUGAAGAUCACUCGAAAGGAAUGAAAAAAUGGAUAAUGCAAUACCAUCAGAGUAGACCUGGGCUCGAGGUGCUGCAAGAAAGAAUUGACGAUUUCAUAGUUGCUCACGAGGCAAAGGAGGAGCAGGCAAAAUUAGAGAGAGAAGCUAAAGCUGCAGAAGGUGGAUGGACAGUUGUUGUACAUCACAAAGGUCGUAAAAAGACAACCGAGGAUGAAACUGGAGUUGCUGUGGGGUCCGUUGCACAAGCUGCUGUUCUUGAUAAAAUGGCUAAGAAGAAGAAUAAAGAAGUUGGUCUCGAUUUCUACCGAUUUCAGAAAAGGGAAGCUCAAAGAAAUGAGGUGAUGAUGCUGCAGAGCAAAUUCGAGGAGGAUAAGAAACGGAUACAGCAAUUGAGAGCUGCAAGGAAAUUCCGCCCCUAUUGAUUGCCUUUGUAAGUAUUUUAAAACAAUUUAAAAUAACUUUUGUUUUUCUUUCACAAGUCGAGGGCUCCACGUGAAAGCGCACCAGGAGGUCGAUCCAAUUUUUGAUAUUUCUACACUUUUAUUUAAAGAUGAAUUCAGUUGUUGUAGGUGUGAAAUUGUAAUUUCAAUUGGGUUUUAGCAGACAUCAAUUAAGAGGUAUAUCUUAGCAGCUUCAGUCUGCUUUACAAAUUUCUCGAUGCUCGAUCAAUUAAUAACCUUGCUUAAAUAAUAUUUUUUACCGGUCCUCA